AUGUCUGAUAACGUCGUUGCCUGCAGCCCACACUCCACCUUCUUCGGAUACUUGGGGGUCACUUCUGCAAUCGUCUUUGCCAAUGCGGGUUCUGCCUACGGCGCUGCACGAUCGGGUAUGGCCAUGUCCAUGACGGGCGUCAUGCGGCCAGACCUGGUCAUGCGAAGUAUUAUUCCGGUCGUUAUGGCGGGUAUCUUGGGCAUCUACGGCUUAAUCCUGGCCAUCAUUAUAGUCCAAAGAA